ACAUCCUCCAGCAUGAGUUGAAUCAGCAUCUCUCCGAAACAGUUAAACACAACGUGAACAUUAUAACCUUCAUGAAGGGAGGUUUUAUUGUGGAACAGUUAACCUUAAGAACUGAGGUAUGCACUCAAGUCGGCAAGCCAUGCUAGCGACUAUCAUAAAUAUUCUGUUACAAACAUGGUGGGAACGAAGCAGGACAAGUUCAUCCCCAGUGAUAGUGUGUUAAAUCAUCUGAUAUGAGUUCUGGAUGAGAUUUGACUGUGAAACAGUAUGAGGAGUGGAGGGAGGAAACCUUGGUGCUGUGGUCCUCCCAUCCUGCUCCUUACUAUAAGACUGCAGGUCUCCCAAAGCCAGUCCACACAGACAGGAUGCACUCCUCAUGCCACCCUUUUGCCAGACCGCAAGCACUGAAGGUAAGACUUUGGUUUUGCCACGUUGAUUUUCCUGAACUCACAAAAGUUGCUGUGUCUAGUUGAAAUUAUUUUUUGAUAGUAACUGUUAGUGUCUGAUAAAAAUUUCUGUUCUUCUGUGUCCUCUUGUCUUUUAUUUCAUAGGUCCAUUAGUUUCCUAUAAAUCCCUUGAAUCCUAGAAAGGAACUCAUUUGUUAUUAAAUUAAUAGGAAGGUGCUUUGUUGCCAUUUGGUUGGGAUAACAGUCAAUGCAGCACACAACGGGUCAGCUGAACAUGCAAAAAAUGGGGCGUUUGUUCACAGACUUCACUGAAUUUAGAUUGAUUCUUUAAAUGAAAGCUUGUUUCAACAAAUGCUUAGAAUUACCUGCCUUUGUUUUGCCUUAAGUCAUGCCAAGUAAUAGUUCUGUUCAGGAAACUGACUAGGAAAUUAUUAAGAAACCAUGGAGCCGUAAAACAACUAUUACCUAAUCUCUUUGUAAACAGGGCAACUUGGAUUUUGAACUGUUUUUCUAACAAAAUAAUCAGUUUAAGUACAUGACUUUGGCUUUUGGAAACGCUGAUGGAUUCAUAAUCAAAAUGACUCCAGCUGUCAACCAAGUUCAGAUGCUGACAGUGGAGGUGGAGGUGUACAAGACUGAUAUAUUGUAAAUGUUGCAAUAAUAACUGAUAUCUAUCUAAUAGAAAAAUAUUAAGACAGUUUCAAGUUUCUGUACUGACCACAUCAACAACAUCUUCUUCUUAGUGGUUGGAGUCAAUAUGGUUUGCUCACUUGUUAUAUUUCACCACAACAAAAAUGUCUCAUUCAGUUGGCAGUGCGCUGCCUCCCUUUACUUAAAAUAUAUUACAAUCUGCAGUAUAACUCAUAAUCUAAUUUACAAUUUAACAACAGUCUAAUUGCUGGAUUGGGUCAUGCCCCAGAAACAAAAAACCUAAAUUGGUUGCUAAAAAAGUUAGUUGCAGCACAAUCUAUCAAGUGGCCCUGCACAUCAGCUGCACAGUAUGGCCACUCUGACACAAGACCAUUAAAUAUGAAAGCAGAGAGCACACAGUCAUGGUGUAACCAUUUCUCCAGCAGGAACAACAUUACUUCAUGUUCUGAAACUUAAUCAAAAUUAAAAUAGUUACUAAUGAUCGUCAGUCCAAUUAGGUUGUCUAUAAACAUAUCCCCUUCCAUGAUUCUCUGAAGUUUGUUGAAAAGAAAUGGAAAGAAAUACUUCAAGCAGAAAUCCUUCUUUAUAAUUUAUGAUUCUGGCCUGAAGCAGUCACAUCUGAAACAUCUGAGAAUACAGUCCUGUGGUCUCAGCAGAAAGCCCCAAACAUAACACGGUUAAAUGGCAAGAAAAAGUGAACGAGGGGUUCAUUAUGGAAAAGGUGUUGUGCAUUCGGGUGUGUGUGUUCUCCAUGUGUCUGGCAGCCUGGCCGCUCCCCUCUGAGGCAGCCAGACUCCGCUGUGGGUCUGAUCUCCUGAGUGACCUCAUAUUUGUGUGUGGGGAUCGUGGAAUCUAUUUAGGUAAAGGUACAUGGUCUGGUUAUGGAGCUCGGCCCAGAGGGAAGGGGAUAGUGGACCAGUGCUGUCGGCCAGCCGGCUGUGAACUUCAACAUUUAGAGAUGUACUGUGCUAAACCAAAGAACCAGCAGGACACCACGACUUCCCCAGCCACAACCACAGCAUCUCACACUACGGCGCAGCUGGUCAUGGCACAGCAGUUUCAAGCAGUAUUUCAGAAAAGACUUUUAGAGCAACUGGGGGCUCCCAACAGUCUGAAGAGGGAAGCUUAUAGGAAGAAAUCACAGCCUUCACCACGACAAAAAAGCAAAAUUUCAUCAUCACGCAAGAAGAUUAAUGUACAGAAUACAACUACCAGGUCACCUUCAGCCUCAAAAAGUCCCCUUCAAAGAAUGAUGGGAUUUGAAUCAUGACAUUUGACCUUGUGAAUAGCUGAAUAUUUAUAGUGUCUGGACUGGACAUAGCAAGUUUGAAAGACUGAUGUCUGUACUAUGAACUUAACAAAAUUUUCUGUGAAGGAUCACUAAAGAGGUCCAAAAUCACAAACAGAACUGGAGGGAAACCGAGUUGCCAGGUGACAUAUCACACCCACUGGCAGCAUAUUGUAGGUGCUCGGCUCCAAGUGUAAACAGACAUCUGACAUGGGACGAGUGUUUAGUGUUUCUAAUUACCUAUUUUCACAGUCUUGGAAACUGACAAACAUCAUAUAUCCAAUUCGUGGAACAUUUCGAACGGGGUCAAAAAGUUAUUUGUCUCACCAUUAACUAACCAUACAGACAUUUUCUGAAAUGAGGUCCUCUGGUGGUCCACUGGAAAGGGAGGAACUUCACCUCAGCAAAGAUCAACAUAGGCUUGUUUGGAAAUGGCUUUUGUUAAAGGCUGCAAAAUGUUAAACUUACAACAAUAUUGUAUGGUUUACUAUCAGCAUCUGGAACAAAUUGAGUGCACCACAUGACAUAUGAUUUUUAGUAAUAUGCUUUAUGACAAAUGCCAGCGAGACUGCAUAUGAGGUUUUCUUACUUCUGGAACAGGUAGAGCAAGUUUCACUCCAACUGUUUAUUAGGCCUGUUCCACUGCCGCAAAUUAUCAAACCCAAGCUUCCAACAGUCUGAAUUCCCAAGACCCUAGUGAGAUUUUGGUUCCUCCUUGUGUUUCUUUUGUAUUCAAAGUGAUAAUGAUAAUUUAUUCUUUUUUUUUUUUUUUAACGUAUUGGUCACCUUAUAACUAAAGUUGUUUUAAUGAAUGUGUUAACAACUAGUGACCAGUUGAUGAAUGUAGCUCCAAUAUUCACUCUCUUCUAUGGUAGCCCUUUUUGGCCAUUUUCUGAGAAAAAUAACUUUCUCUUCAGUUACCAAAUGUGUUCACAUUUUAGUCACUAACAUAGCCUGUCUGUUGUUUGCUGGGCAGGUACAGUCAGUUUUUUAUAUUCCUAAAGAGGGAAAGAGCUGUAUAGGUCAGAUUAGUUGAUAAUAUGUCUACUUACACAUGCUUAUUUGUUUGCUAAUUUUGACAGAGAGCUAAUCAAGGCAUCACUGAGAUAUUAGCUUACUUUUUACAUUUUAUGUUUUACUUGUAUUUGACACACCUGUCAAGCCUAUGUAGUGUGGAAUACAAUAUAUUUCAUCUCUUAAUGCAUUUUUGAUACACUUUUGAAUUAAUUACUUUAUGCAGUGUGAAAUUUUGCAUACAAAUUAUAUCUACGUCAUUUGUACUGAUUUUUAUCUUAGAUUAUCAGUGUUGGUGUUUAUUUCUGCAAAUCUUGUAUGUGACGUGUUUUAUGUAAACAUUAGCUGGGAUUGGCUCCAGCCCCCCACCCCCCAUGCAACCCUGAUGGAUAAGCACAACAGAAAAUGAAUGGAUGGAUGUUAUUUAUUUCACUAUGACAACAUUAUACUAUAAUAAAUAUUAAAACAUUAUAGUUUUUUGUAAUGUUCUUGUUGUUAAGACUUGAUUUGCAGGAGAAAGGAAAAAAAAAGAAAAGAAAAAAGAAAAAUGUGAGGUUAAACCAUCAUUCUCCCUCUGGUAAUUUUCACUCACCAUGUUGCUGAGUUGUUAUGAAGUAGAUUUUAUAACAAUACACUAUUUCACAAGAACUGACCUUUAUUUUGACAUGUAGCUUCAUUUCAUGGAGUGACUCAUUUUACUUGGACAUGACUGAAAUUCUUAUCUCUAUCCAAGACCUUCCAAGAGUUCUGAAGGCCAUCUCAGCCCUCUGUGGG